CGGGGCAGCCCGCGCUGCUCAGGACCCGGGUCCUGCGCGUGGCGGCGGCGCUCGGCCCGGCCCGGCUCGGCCCGAGAUGGCGACCAAGAACUUCCGCGUGAGCGACGGGGACUGGAUCUGCCCCGACAAGAAGUGCGGCAACGUGAACUUCGCCAGGAGGACGAGCUGUAACCGAUGCGGCAGAGAGAAGACGACGGAGGCCAAGAUGAUGAAGGCGGGCGGGACGGAGAUCGGGAAGACGCUGGCGGAGAAGAGCCGGGGGCUGUUCAGCGCCAACGACUGGCAGUGCAAAACCUGUGGCAAUGUGAACUGGGCGCGGCGCUCGGAGUGCAACAUGUGCAACACCCCCAAGUACGCCAAGCUGGAGGAGAGGACAGGCUAUGGAGGAGGAUUCAAUGAACGGGAGAACGUGGAAUACAUCGAGCGGGAGGAGUCCGACGGGGAGUAUGAUGAGUUUGGGCGCAAAAAGAAAAAGUACCGGGGGAAGCCGGUGGGUCCUGCCUCCAUCCUGAAGGAAGUGGAAGACAAGGAGUCUGAGGGGGAGGAUGAGGAGGAUGAGGAUGAAGAUCUCUCCAAGUAUAAGUUGGAUGAGGAUGAGGAUGAAGAUGAUGCUGACCUGUCCAAGUACAACCUGGAUGCCAGUGAGGAGGAGGACAGCAGCAAGAAGAAGAAGGCUCCGAGGCGCAGCCGCUCCAAGUCGCGCUCCUCCCGCUCGCGCUCGUCCUCGCGCUCCUCCUCUCACUCGAGCUCAAGGUCUAGGUCCAGGUCCCAUUCCAGGAGUUCUUCCAGCUCCAGAUCGAGGUCCCGCUCGAGCUCCAGGGAACAGUCCCGCUCCCGGGGGUCCAAAUCCAGAUCCAGCUCCAGGUCCUACAGGGGGUCUUCCACCCCAAGGAAAAGAUCUUACUCCAGCUCUCGCUCCUCGUCUUCCCCCGAGAGAGGCAAGAAGCGGAGCCGCUCUAGAUCCUCUUCCUCUGGUGAUCGCAAAAAAAGGCGCUCGAGAUCACGGUCACCCGAAAGACGCCGCAGAUCUUCCUCCGGAUCCUCCCAUUCUGGUUCCCGUACGAGUUCUAAAAAGAAAUAAUGUCUAAAAGCUCACACUUACAAAAACCCACCAAAAUUCCAGUCAGUGCAUGAGACAUUUUUAAGAAGUUGGUGUCUUACUUGGUCAGAAGUGCUCAAUCUGCUAGUAGAGGUGCAUGUCUGUCCUGGCUUUCUGGCAAACUGCAGCUUUGUUCAUCCAUCACCCAACCCAGUAGCAUUUUAAGCCAUAAACUCCCCGGCACAGGGGCAAGUUCUGUGCUCUGGAGGGGGUUUAUUAUUUUUUCAAGAUCAGUUCCUCUGUUGCUGGCUCCCUCAGCUGGAGGAGCAGCUGGGAAUGCCCUGGCACAGCUCUCUGUGUCAGUUUUGCAGAGCAGGAUGGAGCUCCCUGGGACCAGAGCAGGGGCAGGGCUGGGGCUGAGCAGUUCUCUUUUGCCACGUAGCAGUGCCAGUGCAGAUGGACACCCCUCUCUAGCAGCUCAGAGCCCCAGUCCAUCAUGGUUGCAGAGGGAAUUGGCUUCAUUCCUGGCCAGGGAGGACGGUGCUGUGGCUGUGCUGCUUUCCAGAGCCCGGACUCCAGGAUCCCUCCUUACAGAGGGAGCAGUUGGGAUCUGCUCUUGGGCUGCAGGAGUGUGGAACUGGCUCCUUGGAAUCAAGGGAAGCUUCUGCAGGCCGCCUGUAAAAUUUCCUUUGGGGCUGACUAAAAUUUGCAAGGUAUCUUAAUUUUAUUUUUCUUUAAAAAAUGAGAGUGAAUAAACUGCAUAGAAAAGUUCUGGCAUCUUCCACGUCUUCUUCAUGGAUCAUUCUUUUGCCCUUCAACAUAAUUUAUGGCUUAAAAUGCUUGAUGGAAUCCAUUUGAGUCUAAAACUUGAUCUCUUGAGCUCCGUUUGGUUAAGAAAGGUUUAAGUUUCUUCAGUGCCAUCACAAGGUAAGUAUGGUAAGGAAAAAUCUUCUUUUUAAGCAAGCAAAGAGCAAUAUACCUUCAUUUAUUUCAGUAAUAAAACUGCCAGAUUUGCUGCUUGUUUUGAUAAACUGCAGAAACAAACGGAGCAAAAUCGAAAAACUCCAUUCUGCUUUUUGUUCUCUUUUUGUUUUUUUCUCUUUUUUUUUUUUUUUUGAGCCAUGUCUUAUGGACUGGUCUAGAAGCAAAAUGUUUUUGGUGUAGAGGUAUUUUGAUAAAUCUCUGCAGAAAAAAAUGCAGUUUCUUCUUUAAUGCUUUCUUUUCUCUCUAAUUUCCAUGCUAAAUGUGUGUAGGUUGCACAAGAGCAGGUUAGUCUGUAACUGCCUCUGACUUCAACGUCCAACUAAACUGUAAAAGCAGAUCAAGUAGACUCUGUUGUUAGCCUUGGGUUUUCUUGUGCUUUGUAUUCCAAUUGUUGCUGUACUUAACAGAUGGGAGGUUUUAAAUUUAGCAACUGAUAGGCCACAGGCAAGGGAGGAGGUGCUUCAUUGGGCUUAGAGAACGUGUAAGGCAAAAUGAUGCUGUAGACAAGUGUAAAUAAAACCUGUGAGUCAACCGGG